AUGAACGCGGACAAUCGACGGGGAGAGAUGGCGGACGUGAAGAUGCAGCUGGGUCAACUCGCGGGAAGCAGGGCGCCAGGAGCGGCGGAGAUGCGGCGAGAGCUCUUUAAGAAGGUCAUAUCGCACAUGACCAUCGGGAUUGACGUCUCGUCUGUUUUCAGCGAGAUGGUGAUGUGCAGUGCAGCGUCGGACCUGGUGGUGAAGAAGAUGUGUUACCUCUACGUUGCCACCUACGCCGCCACCAAGCCCGAGCUCGCCCUCCUCACCAUCAACUUCCUGCAGCGCGACUGCCAGCUCGCCCUCCUCACCAUCAACUUCCUGCAGCGCGACUGCCAGUAUCUGGUGGGGCUGUUGGAGAAAAGGCUGGAGGACGCUCCUUUUCCAAAAGACGACGACCCAAUGAUUCGAGGCCUAGCCCUGCGCAACCUGUGCGCCCUGCGGGACGACGAUCCGAUGAUACGGGGCCUAGCCCUGCGCAACCUGUGCGCCCUGCGAGACGACGACCCAAUGAUUCGAGGCCUAGCCCUGCGCAACCUGUGUGCCCUGCGGGUGCGCGGGCUGGUGGAGUACCUCGUGGGGCCGCUGGAAUGGCGGCUGAGAUGCUCCUCCUUCUCCCCUUUCCCUUUCCCCUGCAAUUCCAACCUGGCCUUUAUCUUGUCGCUUCCUCCCGCUCUUCCCCUCCCGUCUCCCCCCACUUCCUUCCCCUCUCCCCCCACAUCACAGGACGACGAUCCCAUGAUUCGAGGCCUGGCCCUGCGCAACCUGUGCGCCCUGCGGGUGCGCGGGCUGGUGGAGUAUCUCGUGGGGCCGCUGGAGCGAGGGCUGGGGGACGUGAGUGCGUACGUGCGGGCUGUGGCGGGGAUGGGCGUGCUGAAGCUGUACCACCUGGCCCCUGGGGUGGUGGCCAACUGUGUGAGCGCACUACAGGAGAUACUGGCAGGGGAGUCGCUGGCGGAGGAUGGAGAUCCCGAGGCCGUGAGGGACCGUGACAUGCUGCACGGCCGCGCACUCGUCUUCUCCCUCCUCAACCGCAUGAAGGAGAUGAGUGAGUGGGCGCAGUGCACGGUGCUCGAUCUGGCAUCGCGCUACACCCCAUCCCACCCAGACGAGGCCUUUGACCUCAUGAAUCUGCUGGAGGACCGCCUGCAGCACGCCAACAGCGCUGUUGUGCUCGGCACCGCCAAGCUGUUUCUGCACCUCACACUCUCCAUGCCAGACGUGCAUCACCAGGCCUUUGACCUCAUGAAUCUGCUCGAGGACCGCCUGCAGCACGCCAACAGCACUGUUGUCCUCGCCACUGCCAAGCUGUUUCUGCACCUCACGCUCUCCAUGCCAGACGUUCACCACCAGCAUGCAAACAGCACCGUUGUCCUCGCCACUGCUAAGCUCUUCCUGCGCCUCACACUCUCUAUGCCAGUCGUGCGCCUCCAGGUGACACCAGGUGCAGUGACACCAGGUAUACUCACGCAUCAAAACCCCUCUGCUCACGCUAGUGGGCACGUGCAACACAGAGCAGUCCUACGCGGUCCUCUGCCACCUCUCCCUGCUCGUCUCACCCUUCCCAUCCGUCUAUACAAUCACUUUGUUUCCCUGCCGUUUCAGGUGUACGAGCGCAUCAAAACUCCGCUGCUGACGCUAGUGGGCACGUGCAGCACGGAGCAAUCAUACGCGGUCCUCUGCCACCUCUCCCUGCUCGUCUCGCGCUGCCCGUCUGUGUUCGCGGGGGACUACAAGCAUCUGUACUGCAAGGUCCGCGACCCGCCCUAUGUGAAGCGCCUCAAGCUGCACAUGCUGACAGCUAUCGCGAAUGACAGCAACACAUAUGAUAUUGAGUACGCUAUGGAUGUGGAUGUGUCCGUUGCACGGGAGGCCAUACGAGCGGUGGGGCAGAUAGCAUUGCAGAGCUAUGAUGCCCCUCACCCCUCCUUCCUGCUUCUCUUCUCCCACCCCGCUCCUCCUUGCCCAGUGACGGAACUGACAGAGUAUGCAGCGGACGUGGAUGUGUCCAUUACACGCCAUACGAGCGGUGGGGUAGAUAGCACUGCCGAGGCCUUCAGUUGGAGCGGCAUUGAGUAUGCAGCGGACGUGGAUGUAUCGAUCGCACGUGAGGCGAUCAGGGCAGUGGGGCAGAUAGCGCUGCAGAGCUACGAUGUGAACGGCAUUGUGGACCGGCUGCUGCAGUUCCUGGAGAUGGACACUGAUUAUGUCACUGCGGAGACUCUGGUGCUGGUGCGCGAUCUCCUACGCAAGUACCCCCAGUGGGCGCAGGACUGCAUAGCCGUGGUGGGCUCUGUGAGCUCUCGAUCCGUCACCGACCCGCGGGCCAAGGCGGCGCUGGUGUGGAUGCUGGGCGAGUAUGGCCAGCACAUGUCUGACGCUCCUUACACGCUUGAGGGGUUUGUCAACUCGUGGGAGGAGGAGACAAACGCCGAGGUGCGCCUGGAGCUGCUGACAGCAGUGGCGAAGCUGUUCUUCAAGCGCCCCCCCGAGUGCCAGAAGAUGCUGGGUGCUGUGCUCGCCCACGGGCUCGCUGAGUCGCAGCAGGACGUGCAUGACCGCGCGCUGCUGUACUACCGGUUGCUGCGGGCAGGCGUGGGCGUGGCAGAGCAGGUGAUCAACCCAGAGAAGCAGCCGGUGUCGGUGUUUGUGGACUCGCAGGGCAGUGAGACGCGCGACCGCAUCUUUGAUGAGUUCAACUCCCUCUCCGUUGUUUACCAAAAGCCAGCAUACCUGUUUCUCGACAAGGAUCAGCGCAGCCUGCUCGACGCCGAAUACACCUCCGUGGCCUCCGCUGCCGCCGCUGCUUCUGCUGCUGCGGCUGCUGCCACUGCUCCUGCCGCUGUGGCUGCCCCAUCAGCCCGUGCCUCACAGGGUGAAUCCGCUGCCUCGCUCCUCGACGCCUCUGACAGGGACCACGCUGACUCACCUCUCAUCUCCACCGCUGCUGUCCCAAACGGUCAUGCCGCUGGUGCUGGUGGUGCUGCAGCAACAGCGGCUCCUCUGCUGCCGUUGGAUCUUCUAUCAGACGGGCCCGCACAUCCUGCUGCUGCUCCCGCUCCUGCUGCUCCUCCUGUAGCAGCAUUGGACCCCUUCGCAGAGCUAGCGAGCAUGCAACCUGCUCAGUCAAAUGCUUCCAUGUUGGCGCUGGUGCUGAGUGCCAAGGCGUCCCUGGAUGCACCGUCCUACCAGCGCACGUGGAGCCAGCUGCCUGUCGCGGCCACGCUCGUGAGUGCCUCUCCCUUUCGUGUUGUUGUCCCUUUGUUGCGUGGAUUUUUGCCAACCUGGUCCCACUCGUUUUCUCAUGCCAAUGUGCAGGAGGAGAAGCUGCCUGGAACUUUCAUCACUGCACUGACAGCGCCAGCCCCUCUGUUAAGGCACAUGGCACACAGUAACAUCCAGUGCAUGGCAUCAGGUGGCCAACGCCCUGCCUUCCGAUUCUUCUUCUACGCGCAGAAGGCCGAUGCGGCGCCAGGUGGCAUGUUUCUAGUGGAGCUGCAGGUGAACACAAGUGCUGCCACGGCAAGUGGCAAGGUGAAGGGGGCGGCAGGAGCAGCUGACGAGUUUGCUGCCUUGUUUCGUGACGCCUUGCUGUCAUUUGGCCAGCUCGUUUAG